CAACUUCGGUUACAAAAAGGUCAACAUGAAUACUUCAACCAGCCACUGGGGUAGUAUAAGAUCCCCUCUCAAACAUUGGGGUGAAUAUGAUGGUGCAGAAGCAGCUACAAGUGUUCUGGAUUUAAAGGAUGUGUCAAAUGAACUAGUGGAAGAUUUAAUUGAAAAAUCGUGCUCUGUGGAAUAUACCAAAGGUGAUCCACUGGAUAGCCUAGGAGAGGAUGAUCUUGACCCUGAAAGCUACUCGAUUGAUAGAGAGGUGUCAUACUCUCUAGACUUAAGGAAACAUGCUACGGCGUUGAAGCAGUUGAUAGCGCUUGCAAAUGGGAGAAUUUCAUCACCCGCGUCUCAGUUCCAUCAGCGCCUGCCUGCUGCUCCACCUCCUCCUCAGCGACCAGCAACUCACUUAAAGCAUCCUGUGGUUCACCCACUGGGCUUCCUUCCUACGCGACACACGCCCUUUACAUUGGGACAAGGAUCACCCCCUGAAGAAUUAUGUUUGGAUUCCUGCCUGCAUAUUCUGACUAAAAGCAUAUCAGCACUUGCAGCUCAUUCAGGCUGGGAUGCCUCAAUGAGUGAGACUCUCUAUGUCUUUCGUGAUGCAGUAGAUGACUUUUUAAGGCGCCUGACUGGUAUGCUAAGGGUAGCAGUUGAUCAGGAAGCCCUGCAAGGGGGAAAUAACUUCCCUGACCCAGUCGAGCAAGUUUUUCACACAAUGGGCCUUGGAAGUAUCAGAGAUUUACACAACUAUUACCAGGUUCAAAUUCUUGGACAAAUUCAGCGCUGGGAAAAAAUUUGCUUACAACUUACAAAUGAAUAUGUGGAGCUUGCUGACAGCUACAAUGUAGCUUUACCAUCAUCUUCGGCCUGGAAUAACUCAAUUAAGCAGGAAGUUUCUGAAAUAGAAGAAGGAGAUGAGGGUGAUGUUGAUGUGCCCCAAUUACAUUUUCCAAGCACUUCAGAUGGAGAUUUAACUCUUCAGCCCUCUGCAACAUUACGUACCGGUUUUGAGAUGUUGCAUAGUCUUGAACGACAGCAGUUACUUGAAGAAGAUGAAGAGUAUAAGGAAGAUAUGCCUGAUAUAAAAAUUGAGCCAGCAGUUGUUGAGUCCAUCCCUAGCAGUACAAGCUCACACCCUUCCAAAAGGGUGCGACGCAUCUAAUGCAGAUCUUGUUAGGUUAUCUAAUUUAUUUUUAAAGGUUAAUCCCUCUGGCAAUUACCCAAAAUUGUUUAAUUGUUCCUGUAAUCAAAUUUGUUUUUCUUGUUGAUCUGUUAUUUGUAUGGUAUUUGAAGAAAUCUAGGCAUUUUAAUAAAAAUGUUGCCAUUGAACACUU